GUGGGAAGAGAUUUUACUUUAUCCUUUUCAGUUAAAAUUAAGGAAUCAUGAUAUGGGAAAUACAGCAUGUCAGUUUGAAAAUCUUGGAUUAAGAAAAAAAAAACUCUCUUCCCCCUUCAAGUUUUCCCUUUAUUGUCUGUGGGCUUUCCACCAUUGUCAAGCUUAAAACAUACAGUAUCAUUGUCAUCUGUCUUCUAAAUAAUAGUCCUGAGGUGAUAUUAUUAAUGUGGCCUUUUAAAAUCAAACUAAUUAUACUUGCCUAAAAGAGCCACAUGUGUGUGAUUCUAGCUGCCUGGUGCCUUUUGAGAGCCCUGGAGACAAGCUAGUGAAUAGAGCUGAAAAUUCAUUCUGUAUUUGAUUAAAUGGAACAGACUCGCUGCUCCUUACCCCAGCAGGGGCUAUGAGAUCUCUUGAUCCCCGAAGCGGCUCCAAGACCCUGGGAAUUCCAUUAGCGAGCACCUGAGGAAUUUCUGCCCUGCAGUGCCUUUUUUGUAUGUGUGUAUGUGUGCGUGUGUAGAGAGAACAUAGCAGAGUGGUGAUGGGCGGGGGAGGAGGCUACAUUAGAAGACUCCAUAUGUUAGCAGAUCUAAAAUCAAGGCAUGACUUAACAGCUUAUCUUGUAAGAGAAAAGCCCAACCCACAGGCUGACUUAUAGUCAGGACUUUAUUAAAAGUGGAGCUAUGGUGAACUUUGAAAUGAACUUCACUUUAAAGUACAGAAAGUGACUCUUAUCUUGUCUGAAGCUAGCACAAGCAUAUACACGUUUUCAAACGUGUGCCAAGAACUGUGUUUUACUCUGGAAGUCUAUUCUAUCAGCUCUUGUAUUCUGGCGCUAUGAAUCCAGAUUUUGGAUCAUUACAGAUACUGUUAUGCAUUUCUUUUAUGAUCCUGUGUUCUUCUGUCAGUUCAGACUUGGUACCUCGUUUUGUUUCUGAGCCCCAUUCUGUUGUCCAGAAACUUGGUGAACCUGUAACGCUACAAUGUUCUGCUCAGCCUGUGACUGCUCACAUAUCAUGGUUGCUUAAUGGAAAAAAAUUCAACAAAAAUGUGGAGCAAAUUGAGGUGCAACAGGGGACUUUAACCAUCCUUUCUCUAAGUCCCUCUCUUUCUGGUCAGUACCAGUGCAUUGCUAACAACAGCAUUGGUGCAAUUGUGAGUAAGCCUGCAACAGUUUCCAUUGGAGGUCUUGGUGAUUUUGGUACAUCAGUAAAACAUGUUAUUAUAGCAGAAGAACAAAGUGCUGGGUUUGUUGGCUGCAAGAUACCAGAAAGUAAUCCUUCAGCACAGGUGCGCUAUAAGGUCCGGGGGAAAUGGCUGGAACGUUCCACAGAUAACUACUUAAUCCUUCCAUCAGGAAAUCUUCAGAUCUUGAAUGUAUCUUCAGAGGACAAAGGGUCAUAUAAAUGUGCAGCUUACAAUCCUGUCACACAUGAAUUAAAAGUUGAACCCACAGGUCACAAGCUCAUUGUGAGCCACCCUUCAUCAAAAUAUGUUCAGAUCAUUCACCCUACCUUUUCCCAGUCAUUGACAGCUCUUUCUCACAAACCUGUAACUCUGGAAUGUGUGGUGAGUGGGGUACCUGCCUCUCAUGUGCAAUGGAUUAAAGAUGGCCAUAGUUCUUUACUGGGAAGUAACUGGAAACAGUUACAUUCCCACCUUGUCACAGAUAGCAUCAAACCAACUGAUGCUGGAAACUAUUCCUGUGUAGUAGGAAACAAGUCUGGAGAGCUUACACGUGUAACCUACACAGUUAAUGUGCUUGAACAAGCCUCAAUUUCCAAAGGAUUGAAGGAUCAGAUAGUCUCCUUGGGUGCAACAGUACAUUUCACUUGUACUGUUUAUGGGAACCCAACUCCCAAUCUUACCUGGUUUCAUAAUGCAGAGCCUAUACAGCCUUCUUUGCGGCAUCUGACAAUAGAAAACACAUUGAGAAUCAGUGACAUUGCCAUGGAAGACUCAGGGUUAUACCAGUGUGUUGUGGAUAAUGGGAUUGGAUUUAUGCAGUCUACUGGGAGACUUAAAAUUGAAACAGGUAGUGGAUUCAAACCAAUUAUAAUAACACCACCAACAAGCACAAAGGUAGUAGGUGGUGACUUUGUCACUUUAUCCUGCAAUGCCACUGGACUACCAGUUCCUGUUAUUCGUUGGUAUGACAACCGUGGUUUGAUAACCAGCCAUCCAUCCCAGGUACUACGCUCUAAGUCACGAAAAUCACACCUAGCAAAAUUCAGAGACGUCUCAUUAGAACCGGCUUACUUUAUCAUGUCUCGAGCUGGAUCAAGCUCCCUAUAUAUUCAGGCUGUUACUCUGGCACAUGCUGGGAAAUAUACUUGUGAAGCCACAAAUGAACAUGGUUCUACAUUGUCAGAGGCAUUCCUUACAGUUGUUCCUUUUGAAACAAGCACCAAAACUGAAACAGUUACACCUGUUGAUGCCACACAGAGUGAUAAAUAUAAAAAGGAUGAUUCUGCAAUAGGACUCUUGAACAUGUCUCCAGUGAAGUUACAUUCCAAUACAACAGAGGCAUCAGUAGAAAGAAAUACCAGUAAUUUCUCUGCUCCUGAUGCCCCCAUCAUACUGAGUCCCCCACAGACCCACAAACCAGAUGCUUACAACCUGAUCUGGAGAUCAGGGAAAGAUGGUGGGCUACCCAUCAAUGCCUAUUUUGUGAAAUAUCGAAAGCUGGAUGAUGGAGUUGGUUUAGUAGGAAACUGGCACACAGUUAGAGUUCCUGGAAGUGAAAAUGAGCUCCACCUAACAGAAUUGGAACCAUCUAGUCUUUAUGAAGUCUUGAUGGUAGCAAGAAGUGCAGCAGGUGAAGGACAGCCGGCCAUGCUUACCUUCCGAACUAGCAAAGAGAGAACAUCGUCGUCAAAAAACACCCAGGCUUCCUCUCCACCUGUGGGCAUCCCUAAACAUCCUGUUGUUUCAGAGGGAACCAACAGCAACUUUGGAGUGGUGCUUACAGAUCCCUCCAGGCAUAGUGGAGUUCCGGAAGCACCAGAUCGACCUACUAUCUCUACUGCCUCAGAGACUUCUGUGUAUGUCACUUGGAUUCCUCGGGCAAAUGGAGGUUCUCCCAUCACUGCUUUCAAAGUUGAAUAUAAAAGGAUGAAAAAUAGUGAUUGGCUAGUGGCAGCUGAAGAUAUUCCUCCUUCCAAACUUUCUGUAGAAGUGCGUAGCUUAGAACCAGGCUCCACAUACAAAUUUAGAGUAAUUGCUAUUAACCAUUAUGGUGAGAGUUUUCGAAGCUCUGCAUCUCGCCCAUAUCAAGUAGCUGGAUUUCCCAACCGCUUUUCCAAUCGUCCAGUUGCUGGACCUCACAUCGCAUAUACAGAAGCUGUCAGUGAUACUCAGAUUAUGUUGAAAUGGACGUAUAUUCCUUCAAGCAAUAACAACACACCUAUCCAAGGAUUCUAUAUUUAUUACCGACCAACAGAUAGUGAUAAUGACAGUGAUUACAAAAGAGAUGUUGUAGAAGGUUCAAAGCAGUGGCAUAUGAUUGGUCACCUGCAGCCAGAAACAUCUUAUGACAUAAAAAUGCAGUGCUUUAAUGAAGGGGGAGAAAGUGAAUUCAGCAAUGUGAUGAUCUGUGAAACCAAAGUGAAACGGGUUCCUGGAGCCUCGGAGUAUCCUGCCAAGGACUUGAGCACUCCUCCAAACUCUUUUGGAAGUGGAGGGAAUGUUGGUUCAGCACUGAGUCCAGCCCGGAGCAGUAAUAUGUUGUAUCUGAUCGUAGGCUGUGUACUGGGAGUUAUGGUGCUUAUUCUCAUGGUUUUCAUUGCCAUGUGCUUGUGGAAGAAUCGGCAACAAAAUACCAUACAGAAAUAUGAUCCACCAGGAUACCUCUAUCAGGGCUCAGAUAUUAAUGGACCAGUGAUGGAAUACACUACUCUGCCUGGCACAAGUCGAAUAAAUGGCAGUGUACAUGGAAACUUUAUCAGCAAUGGAACUCUUAGCAAUGGCUGCCCACAUCUCCAUCAUAAAGUUCCCAAUGGAGUCAAUGGGAUCAUGAAUGGGAAUGUAAAUGGAGGACAUUACCCUGGACACAACUCCUUGACUAGAACUCAUGUGGAAUAUGAGCAUCCUCACCACUUAGUGAAUAGUGGUGGAAUGUAUACAGCAGUGCCCCAGACUGACUCAUUGGAGUGUAUUAACUGCCGAAAUUGUAGAAACAACAAUAGGUGUUUCACCAAAACUAAUGGCACUUUCAGCAACAGUUCCCUUCCUGUGAUCCCAAUGGUAGCACCUUAUCAGCCAGAUAGCCUAGAAAUGAAGCCUCUGAAUCAUGUGAUGGUACCUAUGUGCCUAGCCUCCACAGUCCCAGAGUGUGGUGAAUUACCUGAGGAGGACAUCAAGAACAAAAUGGCACCAGCAUCUACUCAACAUCCUUGCUGUCAGGAAAACACGAAGCAGAUUAACUCAGAUUGCACAGAAGGAGACAGUUGUCUACAUUCUGAAACAGAGAAUCAUGUUCUGAGUUGGAGCUCCCUUAUUUUGCCAUCUCUUUCUAGAGAUUGUAGUGAAAAGACAGCCUGGUCUUCAACUGAUGUUACAGUAGACAACACUUCAAAGGACUUUCGGCAACCCCAGGAAACCUGAACAUGUACAAGUGACUUUGUUCCCACUUCAAGCCAGUAACUGCACAACAUGGGCAUAGGAAGGGACUACAGGAAAGACGUUCAUUCAAAAUAGAGACAAAGUUAUUAUUUAUUUUCUUGUAGUAGUAAUGUCAUUUGAAUGUAUCUUAAAAUGUUUGUCUUUUUAUAUUAUUUAUGCCUUGAAAAAUCCUCUUCCCCAUUCCCUUCUUCCUCAUAGUGCAAAGCAGUAUUGUUCUGUAUAGUUUCAAAAGAAUUUAAAAGCCAAUGGAUUCAUUCCAUGUUUUCCAAUAACCUUAAUUAUAGGAGGAAUCCAUCUGCGUGAAUCUUGACUGUUGGCAGUAGCGUCAAAGGGCAACUGCACAAACGUUUUAAAGCUUGCCACCAGUCACAUUGUUGUCCGUUGGAGAGCUGUCUGGUCGGUGUGGUAUUUAUGCAGCAAAUUCUGGAGCAUUCUAAAGUCACUCAUAGUUGUUUUGUAAGGGGACCUUUUGUCCUGGCAGAUCUGGUUUACGUGAACUGUGAGAGUGCUGAUCACCCAGGUCCCCUCUCUCUCAGCUGAACACAAGUCUGGAUGUACUUUCUAGGUAGGCCUUCUAUAACAGUAUUAGCAUCCAGAAACAGAUAGUCAGGAGGGGCAGUAACCCUCUUAAUAUAAUUUAAUAGGCAAUAAGAUACAAGUUUAUUUUUUCUCCAAAAUGGUCACCAUCUUGAAAGGGUAGGAAGAAAACCAAUUUUACAAAGUAGAUUGAGAAAAGGCCAUACAUGUAAAGAAGAGGAAGGAGGAAUCUAACCCCUUUGUAAAGAAGAUACCCUUUAGCCUGUUAAAUGGAUUGUGUCCAAGGUUAUACUACCUUAGCUAAGAGAAGGCAUUUAGCAUGGCCAGUUGCCUAGAAGAUAGGGUGUUAAGGAAAACAGUCAGGCAUCAGGAACCAACCUUUUUGGAGUAGGAGAAGUCCAGGUACAGGAGGUUUGUUGUUUCCUAACACAUUCUUUAAAGAUAUCAUCAUAGCAAACAGGUAUCUAGUGCUUUAAUCAACAAGACCUGUAAAUCUCAGUUACUGUUACCUCUAGUAAAUAAGAACAUGAGCAGCUGCCUUUGAAAGACUUCUCUUCCCUCCUUUGUUUAAGAAGAAGAAAAUCAGUGAUGAGAAUGUUUAAUUGCAAGCUUGAGUCAAGCUCUUGUGGGAUGUUGUUCCUAGUUUAAGUUACAUAUCCCAUGGGGGGUGUUCAGGGUGGGAUGGGAAACAGAAGGUGUUCUCUGUUUAUCAGAGAUCCUCAAUAAAUAUCUGCUGAAUUGAAUUAAGUUGUGCAAAAGUUUUGUGGCGGGGGCUGUAACUCCCCUGAAAUAACAACUGAUAUAAACAGUUUAUAUGUGUUAAAUAUCUGUCUAUACAAAUGUAUAGAUAUUUCUUUAAAUGUCUAUAUAUUUUAUAAGUAGAAGCUCCAGUGAAAAUGUCUCAUUUGACCUAGUUCACUAUGCAAGAGUUUUUUCCAGUAGAUACUAGUUAUUGCAGUUUCCUACUAGGACACUAGGGAUAUUGCUGAACACACAGGGUCUACGUUCCAGAUGUCCAUGCUUGCAGUGUCCUGGAUUUAUUCUUCUUGGUCCUUAGAGUCAUUUAGCUUUGCUGGGGAUGUAUAUUCCCCUGGCUUCCUGUGCCUAGAUGGGGAAAACCUCCUAUGAUGUGGAGUCUGAAAACAUGCCCUGUGUUUUCCAGUUAAGCUGGUGUGAUGUCAGAGUAGGAUAUUAGAAAGCCAUUAGAGAGCUGUGGAGUGAUGUUUGUUGGCAGCCAUUGGGGUCAGUUUGAUUCAGAAAACUAGUAGAAGUGGGUUAACAUGAGCCUUGGGUCAUAAACUGCUUUAAAAGAGUUAAGUUUGGUGAUGGGAUUUGCUGACAAGGAAGAGAGUGCUUUACCCCACCUUGCUAGCAUUAUCUCAUCAGGGACUGCUUUAUUUAUAUUAUUAGUAACACUGUUUUAAGUGUUGUUCUUUUUAAUUGUAUUUUAUUUAUAAAAAUAUAUAUAUUAUAUAUAUAAAUAUAUAUAAUUGCCUUUAUGUUAGGAGUUGUGAGUUCUAACCAACCAGUGGACCAUUCUGAGCCUGCACAGCUCCCCAAAUUACCCAGAGUAAUCUAGUGUAUUCACUUCACCUUUAUAUUGUUUCACCAGGAAAUAAGAUGAUACAGCACAGAAAUUUUCUUUGGUGUCACUGGCCAAAAUUUCUAAAAGGUCUAGUUGGACUGUUUACUGCCAGGUAUAUUUUCUUUGGCCCUUGUUGUGCUUAUCUGAGGCCUUGAUUUUAUCAACAGAAGCACUGCUCUCUAUUCUCUGUAGGCAGAGCUAUAUGGUCUGCUGCCUAGUUGUUUGCUGCUUAUUCCUUGCACAUUACUAAAAAUUAGAUUCUCUUUGCAUACUUUUUAUAUAUACCGUUCAUCCGAGCUUAAAAGUAUUGUGCCAUCUAUGCCCAGAGUCCUUUUCCUAUUCAUUGUAAUUUUAUAUUUGAAUAUUCAAUUCUAUGGUCCCCACUCUAUUAUCCCUCCACUAAAACCAGUAUAUAUUGUAUCAUUUCCUGGUGAAUACAAAGCAGAUUGUCUGAGUUUGACUUGAAUACUAAAUCUAGCAGUAGAUGCUGUGCAGGAGGCAGGUUAAAGAGCAAGUAAUGACUCUCAUCAUUGUCUUUUUGGAAAGCCUUCAAAAUGGAUUAUAUUUUUGAUAAUGUUAAAAACUGCAAGGACCUAUGCAUGGAAUCCUGGUUGAUCCCCUGUCACAAAUCCACUCAAGCUACAGUACUGCCUAGGAGAGAAAUGUUAUAUUUGAAUUUCACCUGUGUUGCUGUCUUUACAAGCAAUGACUUUGAGAUGCAUGUUUUGUAUCAUAUAGAAAAGUAUGUUAUAUUUUCCUAAGAAAAAGUUGUAAUAUUGUUUUUGAAAUUGUACAUAUUUUAAAAGAUGUAGUUUUGGCAGGUGGAUUAUGUUUUUUAAUUGUUGAUAUGAUUUAUAUUAAAGAGAUUGCUGCUUUGAUACACUC